GACGUCGCGUUAAGCAUCACGACACGCAUGCGCCGUUUACUGUUUGCUGAAUGGAAACUAACCAAGUUCUGACAAUAUGUCCAGUAAAGAAGUGAAAGCUGAGCUGAAAAAUGCAAGAGAAGCCAUUAAAAAUAAAGAGUUUAAAGAAGCUUUGAAACAUUGUAAGGCUGUUCUCAAGCUUGAGAAGAAUAACUAUAAUGCCUGGGUGUUCAUUGGAGUGGCAGCCACAGAGCUGCAGCAGCCGGAUCAGGCACAGAUCGCCUACAGAAAGGCCUCUGAACUGGAGCCAGAGCAACUGCUGGCAUGGCAGGGCUUAGCAAAUCUGUACGAAAAAAGUGACCAAGCAGAUUUCAAAGCUGAACUGCCAAAGAUUUACCAGAGACUUAUUACACUGUAUGAAACCUCAGACAAAGCAAAAUGUUUCGAAGUGAGCAAGAAGUUGGUGGAAGUCUAUCAGUCGGAGAAGAACUAUUUACAGGUGGCCAGAGUGUGGCUGAGGUUAAUCCAGAUGAAGGAGGGAGAGGAAGGGGUGGAGGAUUCAGAGCUGCUGGAGCUGUGGAAGGAGAUGACCAGACUCCUGCAGGACACUGUUGAGGAUCAGGACAAUGAGACUCAGCAGCACCUGAUAUCAGCAUUUGAAAGAGCUUUGCAAAUGACAGUAGAUGUGCCCAGUGAAGCCCACAGGAGCCUCUCACAGGAUUACAUUAAAUGUCUUUCUAAGCUUCCUCAUGAGGUGGCCAAGCUAAAAGAGGUUUGUGAUGCCACACUGUCCCGCUAUCCAACACACUCCUACCCUCUAGAGGCCCUCAGUGAGCACUACAUCAAAUCAGGUGACUGCAGUGAAGAAGCUGUCCGUUGUUUCAACCGUCUCUCAGAACUGGAUCCUAACAACUCACACGCUCACUUUGGUCUUGGUAUUAAAGCUUGUCAGGAUAAAAAAUAUGAGGACGCCAUCAAAAGUAUUGGUCUGGGACUGAAGCGGAUGCGCUCGUCCAUCAUUGGGUGGUAUAAUCUUGCUCUGGCUCAACUAAAAAUGCACAAAUACUCUGACAGUGCCACAUCUUCCAGCCAAGGGCUGAAGUCGAGUGUGGGGAACUCUGAUGUUUGGACUCAAAAGCUGCAGAGGUUGAGACUAGAUGCUCUGGUGAGGACAGGAAGAGACCAGGAUGCUGAUGAAGCUCUGCAGACACUUGCACAGAUUUCAGAUGCCAAAAAUGACCCAGUGCUUUUAGCGUUGAAGGGAAGAGCUCACUUGCAAAAAGGCCAAACUGAGGAAGCAUUUCAUGUUUCAGCUGAGCUGCUUAGCUCUCACCCAGGAUCUGUGGAGGGUCUCACUCUGAAGGGGCUGACGCAUGUUGCUAAAGAACAGCUCAAACAAGCUGAAGAGAGCUUUCUGGAGGCUUUAUCCAGAAGCCCAGAUGAUGGGGAGUUAUAUUUCUUGCUGGGGCACCUGUACUGGAACAUGGGAGAGGAAAUACGAAAGGACCGUAGCAAAGCCCAUACACAUUUGCUCAAGGCUGCUAAACUGGACCCGUAUCUUGGUUCAGUGUUUCGUUUCCUGGGUCAUUACUACAGAGAGGUGGCAAAGGAUCAGGGCAGAGCCAGAGGCUGCUAUAAGAGAGCAUUUGAGCUGGAUUCCUCUGAUGCAGAGGCUGGAGCGGCUACUGUAGACCUCAGCAUGGAGCAGGGAGACAUGGACUCAGCUCUGACUGUUCUGCAGUCUGUGACAGAGAGAGCCACUCCUGGCUCUGCUAAAUGGGCCUGGAUGAGGAGAGGUCUCUACCACCUCAAGAUUGGACAGCACCAACAGGCCAUUGCAGAUCUGCAGGCGGCGUUGAGGGCUGAUCCUCAGGACUGGGUGUGCUGGGAAUGUUUAGGUGAGGCUUACCUAAACCGCAGGAGUUUCACAGCUGCUCUGAAAGCCUUUGAUAAAGCUCAUCUGCUUCAGCCCACCUCCAUCUACAGCCUCUAUCAGACAGCCGCCAUCAAACAGAUCCUGGGCCGGUUUAAAGAAGCUGCCUCAGAGUACAGACAGAUCUUAGAGCAGGAGGAAUAUGUGCCAGCAUUGAAAGGUCUGGGUGAAUGCUUGUUAGCCUUGGCUAAAAGUGCACUGGAUGACUAUCUUGAUGGAAGAGCUGUAGAUUUAAUACAGAAUGCCAUCCAUUACCUCUUCAGUGCUGUAAAGCAAAGACCAGACCUGUCAUGUCUGUGGAAGUUACUUGGUGAUGCCUGCACUACCUGCAGAGCUGUGUCCACAAACCGAGUCAAAGUGCUGGUACCUGGAGCUCUAUGUGGAAUGGAUCCACCCGAUCAGAGCCAUACACUGAACCAGAGACAGCUCCUCACUGUAGGAGAAAGGUGCAUUGGUCAUGCUUUGAAACUGAUGCCGGAGGCCCCCAGUCUGUGGUGUGACCUCGGCCUGAACUACUACCACCAAUCCAGACUGCUCAGCUGCCUGUAUCCUGAGGACGAUCCCCAGCCUCUGCUGGAGAAAGCCCUGCAGUGUGUGAAGAAGGCGAUCAUGCUGGACAGUGCUAAUCACACAUACUGGAAUGCCCUUGGGGUCGUCGCCAUGGCAAAGGGAAUAGAAAAAUUUGCACUUGCCCAACACAGUUUCAUCAAAUCAGUAAAAGCGGAGUCAAAUAAUGUGGCUGCAUGGACUAACCUUGGUGCUUUGUAUCUGAAGAAGGGAAACAUAGAGCUCUCUCAUGAAGCUUUCAAGAUUGCUCAGUCUCUAGAGCCCCUCUAUGUGAACUGCUGGAUCGGACAGGCCCUCAUUGCUGAGACCGUUGGCAGUUAUGACACCAUGGACCUUUUCAGACACACCACAGAACUGAGCACUCAUACUGAGGGAGUGAAGGGUUACGCAUACUGGGUUUGCUCCACGCUGCUGGACAGGAGCAACAGAGACUCAGAGCUCUACCUCUACAACAUAGUCCAGAUGAACGCCGUCUCUGCUGCCCAGGUGGCUCUGAGCAAGUACACUGAGAGAAUUCAAACCGACCCUGACGCCUUCAUCAUGCUCGGGUACCUGAACACACACCUGCAGCUGAGGAAACAGGCCACUGAGGCAUAUCGCAGAGCUGUCGAGUUGCUUCAGGCGUCCCCUCACACAGACAAGCUCAGCUUUGCUCUGAGGGGUUACGGACGUGCCCUCAGUGAUGAUGGACAGUGGGAAGAAGCAGUGCGUAUUUAUUCUUCCACAUCACUAGAGGAGCUGCAUGAUCUCAUUGGGCUGGCGCUCGCCUGUUUCAAAAUCGGUCGCCUGCCAGAGAGCAUUCAGGCCUAUGAGAAAGCCCUUGCAGUUGCCUCUAGUGAGAAGGAAAAGGCCUGUAUACUCACUGCACUGGCCCUGAUACAGCACAGGCUGGGCAGCAUGGAUCAUGCCAAAACACUUCUCUUCAAGUGCUCCAUGCUUAAAGAGCCCAUCCCAGAGAGCCUGCAGUGUCUCUGUGCUCUGGGUUUGGCUCACGGGGAUGUGACCCUGGCAAGUGCUACACUCGCCGAGCUGCUGAAACUGGGGGAACCUGUAGGAGGCGCUGUGGAGGAGUACUGUCUGCUCACUUGCACCCUGCUGGCCCUGAAGGGCAACUUUAGCGGUGUACAUAGAGAGGCUUCUAGGGCUAUACACAGGAACCCAGGGAAUCCAUCUCUCUGGGCUCUUCUCUCCAGAUUGGUGCCACAGUACUGCCCCAACAAAGCCAGUGGAGGCGCUGUGGCCGGCAGUGUGGCAUGUCAUGCCAGCUUGACAUUUGGAAAGAGGGCGUUGCUGUACAGUGGAGUGAAUCAGUUGGCCUCAGGCCGCCACUCUGGUGAGGACAGAAGAUGCAAUGCUCUGAAAACAAUCCAGAGAGCUGUGCUGCUGUGCCCAGAUGAUCCUGCUGGGUGGGCGGGGCUAAUGGCCGCCUGUCACACAGAGAACACUGCAUGCUUACUCACAGGCUCCGCCCCUCGCAGAGAAGAUCUUGAGAAGGCUCACAUGACCCUGGUGUCUGAAAAAGUGAAGGGCCUGCAGGGAGAGGACGGGCUCUUGGCUCAGGCUCUGGAGGGCUGGGUGCUGCAGCAGGCCGUGACUGGACUCAAACAGAGUGGCCGAUAUGACCAGGCAGAAACUCUUUGCUCCCAGGUUCUGAGUGUAUCUCCAGAGCAUCCUGUGGUGUUCCUGAUGUUGAGGCAGGUUCAGUGUGAGCGCCUCCUGCAGUCUGAGGCUGGUAACUCUGUUCCUCCUGCUGUGCUGGAUCAGCUCAGUGCUGCUGUCAUGGCCAACCUCACAUCUGUGUCCGCCUGGCAUUGGUUGGCAGAAGUUUACCGCUCUCAGGGUCUGCUGGCUCAGGCCUCUGUGGCUUAUAGACAGAGUCUUCAGCUGGCAUCUCAGCUGGGAGAUCACAACGGGAAGAUGAGCAGCCUGCUCCGACUAGCCCUGCUGGCACUUAUGCCAUGUUUGGCUGGUGUUUGUGUCUCUGAGUGGAAGGAUCUGGUGUUGGAGGCCAGCACUGAAGUCUUAAAAAUGGGCAUCUCACCAGUAGCUCUGCUCUUCCAAGCCUUACUGCAGUUCUCCAUAAAAAUGGGCGCCAGGGAGACCCGUCGCCUGUUGGAGAGGAUUGUUUAUGCUUCAGCCUCAGGCAGCUCUGAAACAAUAGCAUCAGUGGCACGUUGGUACCUCCUGCGCCACCUGCACGCCAAAGAUGACCUGGAGCUGAUUGAUACCCUGUUGUUGAAGGGUACAGCAGCCGGAGACAGCAGACUGAUGGAUUUCCACAGACGCCUUUACCCAUCUAGCUGAGACAGUCCACCAUCCACAGGUUCCUCAGGAGACCUACAUUUCGCCAUCUAACCGUCAAUAGCAGAGACUGUUGUUUUCCUUUAUCUCCUCAGCAGUUUACUCACUGAUCAAUGUGUUUACAAAUCUCAAAGUCUUUACAUCACCAAGGAAAUUUAAUUAUGUACACAUAUGACUGCUAAGUUAGAUUGUAUGUGAAUGAAUCUAAAAAGGCACUUAAAGGAUUAGUUCACUUUCAAAUGAAAAUUAUCCCAAACUUUCCUCACCCUCAAGCCAUCUUAUGACUUUCUUCUUUCUGAUGAACACAAUGGGAGAUAUUUUAAUAAAUAUCCUGACGCAUCUGAGCUUUAUAAUGGCACUGAACAGGGGUCACGAGUAUAAGCUGAAGAAAGUGCUUCCAUCCACAUCCAUCAAUCUUAAACGUGUACUCCACAUGGCUCCAGAGGGUAGCGAAGCGAUGCGAUGCGUUUGUGUAGUAAAAAAAAAAAAAAAAAAAAAAAAAAUCCAUAUUUAACAGGUUAUGAAGUAAAAUAUCUAUCUUCUGCCAGACCGCCUUCCGUAUUCAAUGUACGAAGAAAGUGUGACGCCUUUCGCAGUUCAAAAUGGUUACGCAACGUCCUACGCCUUCCCUAUUCAACUUACGGAAAAAGUGUAACUGAUGCAACGCCAGUUUACACUUCCUUCUUAAGUUGAAUACGGAAGGCGGUCUGGCGGAAGCUAGAUAUUUUACUUCAUAACUUGUUAUUUUUUUGCACAAACGCAUCACUUCACUUCAGAAGGACUUUAUUAACCCCCCAGAGCUGCGUGGAGUACACGUUUAAGAUGGAUGGAUGUGGAUGGAAGCACUUUCUUCAGCUCAUCCUCGUGACCCGUUCACUGCCAUUACAAAGCUCGGAUGCGUUAGGAUAUUUAUUAAAAUAUUUCUGAUCGUGUUCAUCAAGAAAGUCAUAUACACCUAAGAUGGCUUGAGGGUGAGUAAAGCUUGGGCUAAUUAUCAUUUGAAAGUGAUCUAAUCCUUUAAUCUAUAUGAAUGGCUUUUUAAUAGCUGUUUAUGGUGUAAUGGAAUUAGCCUCUGCCCAUUGUUUCACAUUCAAAUGGGUGUUGACACUUGAUUGAUUCAUUGUUAUGAUUCAUUAUUAUUUUUCUGUGCCUUCCUCCCAGCGACAAUCUUUCUACAUAAUUAGUAUUGCCACAGGCCUCGGCUGACUAAAAUAAACUAAAUGUGCUGGUAUUGCCAUUAUGUAACUCAAAAGCACUUCUAUCAUGGUUCAUCACUGUAGGAGCCUGAAAACAGUCAUUGCUUAGUGUAGCCACUAUUAGGCACAUUUGAAAAUGCAGCAGUGGGAUGUCUGCUUCUCAAAUUGUUUGUUUGUUGUCAGAGAAGCCAAAAAUUCUAAUUAAUUGCUUUUUAUCUGACAACAGUUAUCUUACAGAAGCACUAGAAGAAUUAAUGGACCUCUGUUUUUCCCCACUGUCAUUUCCAUCUAUGCAGAACUGACCUACGGUCAACUACAAAAAGCCAUUGUGUCUCUAAAAUAUUAAAGCAUAAACACAAAGAGAAACAAGAGGGAAAUAACAGUAAUAGUUUAUGGUGUUGAGUAUAUUAAUGCUUUGCAAGUAUGCAUUGGUGGCUUGGAAAAUUAAAUGAAAACAAAGAGA